AAAAAAAAAAAAAAUAAGUGAAAGCUAUUCUAUAAUACUGUAAUUAAUACUGGUAUUUUACGAACAAUGAAACGAUCAGAUUUGAAGUUUUGUCCCACUUGUCGUAACCUUUUAGACAAAAUAGAAGAUAUUAGUGCUUCAAAAUUUAUUUUGAACUGCCGCACUUGUGAUUAUAUAGAAGAAGCCGAGAAAAAAGAUUAUAAAGUGGAAACUCGUGAUUUUACGCGUCAAAUAAGACAUCAUCACGAUAGUCAAUUUCUUCCAAGACUCUUUCAAGAUCCAUCUUUAAAAAGAUGCAUUAGUAAUUGUAAAACGUGUAAUAAAAAAACGCGUACUAUCGAGUGGCAUUCACAUCGUAACGACUCAAUGAGUGUGUAAGUUGCGUGUUAAAUACAUGGAACGCGUUCUAUUUAACGCACUAAUAGAAUUAAUGAAAAUUUUAGGGAAUAUUGGUGUGAAGAAUGCGAACAACAACAACCAUCCCCUCAUAAAGGUAUAGCUAUGUUAUAUGAUAACGAGAAAUCGGAAAAUUCAUACGCGCAACUUGAACAGGAAGGAUAUUGCACUGACGAAGAAAGAAAUGAAUUGGAAGUUGUCGGACAAGAGGAUUUUUAAUUUCUCAAGUUUGAUCAUAAUUAUAAUCGCCAAAUGUUCAUUAUAGCUUGCAUUUCGAUGAUUAGAGAAAAAUAUAAAUUAUAAGAUAAUAAUGUAUUGAUGUUAUUAGUAUUAUUAAUAUUGCACUAAAUUUUUAAAAAAAUUUUUAUGAAU